AUGGACUACGUCCAGCAACGCGUCGCACAAAUGGCUUCCCAAACCGACACAUCCUCCAGCGCCCUCCUCACCCCGCUCAACGCCAUCCUCCUCUCCCUCCUAGCCUACACCGCCUACGCCUUCCUCCUCCGCCCAGCCCCGCCGCCGCCUUCACUCCCCGCCGAAGAACCCGCCGUAGUCUUCCGCACCUUCACGCCGCGGACGCUGUUACCCUACAACGGCGCCGACGGCUCGCCGGUGUACCUGGCGGUGCGCGGGCGGGUGUUUGACGUGUCGCGGGGACGGAACUUUUACGGGCCGGGCGGGCCGUAUGAGAAUUUUGCCGGGAGGGAUGCGUCGAGGGGAUUGGCGUGUGGGAGUUUUGAUGAGGAGAUGUUGACGAAGGAUUUGGAUGGGGCUUUGGAUUCGUUGGAGGGGUUGGAGGCUUCGGAGUUGGAGGCGUUGAGGGGUUGGGAGGAGAGGUUCGAGGAGAAGUAUUUGGUUGUGGGGAGGUUGGUGGCGGUUGGGGAGGAGGAGAAGUAG